UCGUCAUUUUUUUGGCACUUCGGUAAUAUGUCAAAUUCCAAACUAAACUUGUCUGAUUGAUUCUGAUAUUAUUACCCAAUUUUUUUCUAUAUUUAUUCGUUAUUGAUAGUAGUAAAUGUAGCUUUUGUGUAAAUUUCAUAUAUUGUGAUUUGUGAAAAGUGCCAAAUUAAUGUUUUCACUUUUUUGGUAUUAUGAAUCAGAUUGAUCAAAAUAUAAACAAAGAUAUGAUCGAUUUUGAUCUGAUUGACGUGGAAUCGUUUGAUUUUUCUGAUGAACAGACAUGGUUGUGCACAUUGCCAGAAGACUCUGGUCAGAAAGUAGAUAUAAUAGAAUUGAAAUUAUCUUGUGAUUGGCCAGUCAAUGAAGAUGAAGAAUAUCUGAAUACGGAGAAAGAAUUAUAUGCUAUAUUGGAUAAUGUGCUUAAGAAUGUGGAAGCGGACGACAUUGCAACGCCAGACAGGCACAAAUUUGACUCGCGAACCUACGUGAGGCCAAAACGGCGGCCGCAGCGACCAAGCAUACAGAGCAUAGUAGAAGUGACAUCGAAUCCACCGUCCAUUUCACCGCACCAUUCCCUCAACCAGACCAAUAAUAUGAACCAGACUAAUAAUAUGAACCAGACCAACAAUAUGAAUCAGACCAAAUACCUCACGUACAACAAGUACAGCAACCCCUUAGGUCCGAUCAGUCCAAUGUUGAGAUUGAAGACAUUCAAUGUAGAUGUCAAUACGGAUAACAGUCACGUGGUCAAGGAGUUUGCUAUGAAGCGGCGAAGUCAAGCGCCUGAUGAUGAUCCGCAGCUAGAAGACGAGCUCGACAUGCCAUCAGAUCCAGACCGGCUAUCCGACCAAUCACGCUUCAAGCCAAUCAAGGUGGACUUCACGCAACCUAUGAAUAAUUUUAACACAUUCAAUAAGGGUCUAACAAAUAUGAUGAACGAAAGGGGAAGUCUAAAUAUGUACCAGAGUGGUGAAUCGCUAAUGCGCAUGUCUCCACCGAGCCUCGUGUCUUCGCUUGUCAUGGAAAAUUCCGGAAAUUUCAACAUGGAAUCUUUGGACGGCAAGAAAUCAUUACCAUCUCAAAAAGACUCAGGUGUACCAAUGUCAGGUCGCAACAGUAUAGAUCCAAUGAUGACAAGCAUGACGCUAAGCAUUCUAGACGAGAAAGACAUGAGCACGAGCUUCCUUUCACAGACCACUUACCCAGACAACGACAGCUUAAUAGACUCAUUACCGCCCAGUUUAGUCAGUUCCGUCAAUUCAUCCUACAUCAUAUCAAAUUCCUCUCGAGCAAAAGACCCAGAAACGAAUAUCUUCAGUUCGGCAACUUUCACGAAUUUGGAACAAUCGGAGAGAUUGCUGUCCGCUAGACCGAGAUGCCAGUUAUACAACAGUUUCAAACGCGAUUCAAUCAAAAAUUCGGAAAGCUACACGAAAGCGAGGGAGGAAGCGUGCCAAAUAGACACCGGGAAAGUAUUAAACGAGAACUGUGAUAAUGUCGCGCUCCAGAAAGAUUCGCCGAAACGACAAAAUGGCGAAAUGAGCGAGACCAUAACCCUGCACUACUCGAACAACAAAUUCAGAAGGGACAUCGACGCUGAGAAGGAAAACAUGAAUUCUACCUUCGAAAAGGACGAUGCGUUCUUCAACGAAAUGGAUGUGCCAAGACCGGUAGAACAAGGAAAGAACAGCAUGAACGUGACGCUCGAUAAACAGGAGUUGAACGAAAUAAUACAAGCGCGGCAAAAACUUUCGUUAGCUAGGAAAGCGUUACCUACAGAACCAGACAAACCUUUGCCGAAUCAAGUGGACACUUCACCAAUAAAAACUAUCCAGUUACCAAACCAAACUAUAACAGUGCCAAGACAAAGUAUGGAGAAUGCUUCAGAGUUAUUGUCGAGAAGAAAAGCUAUGAAUAGAGAUGAACCGCCCCCUAGAGAGACGCCAAAGCGAAAUGCGACGUUUAAAAAGGCUUCGCCCAAAAUGAAUGCAAAUGCAAUGGACGCAACGGUGGUAUAUGUGAAGUCAAAUGAAACUAAUAUUAUCGAUAUUAAUUCAGCGACUAUGAAUUUGAUUGAUAAUGAGGAUAGGACAUUACAGCAAGAGGAUUGGGAUUUAGAACAGCGGGCGAUGGUGGGAUCAAGUGAGAGCACAGACACAGGGACCUUCAGCUCGAGCAGCCCACCGGACCUAAUUGAUCAUCCACGAUUAUCAGUAGCCUCCACACCUCUAACGAGCAUACGGAAAGGGUCCAAAAAUGAACUAAUGAACCUACAUAGUACUAUAUCGCCUAUAUACGAUGUGAUUGACGACAAAUCGUAUACAAUGACCAAAGCGCCUAGUACUAACAAUAUGGAAAGAACAUACGACAUGAACACAACGGUGAUAAACAGCGCUACAUUAGUGAAGAAAUCUUCGGCAAAACGUGAUAUUUUGGCGCCAAAAAGCAGUCCAGAUAAGAAAAUACCGAGCCCAGUGCAUGUGAGGACUCCGCCAGGGAAGGUCGCUUCUAGUUAUGCUAUUCCAGCAACAUCAACAACGAUAAUGCCGCCACCGUCCGCUGUUCCUAAGAAAACGAAUUUACCCACCUCCAAAUUAAGACAGUACAGUUCACAUAAAGAACUUAAUAGAAUACCUGGUCCACAGUUACAGUCCCGUGCACUCGGGCGCACGAUGGUGCGUCGCGGCGUAUACGCGUCCAACCCUGCGCUCAGUCCAACCGCAGCUGUACCUACGCCGAUAAGACGAGAAUCUGUUGUUUUACCGCCCCCACAGAGUGAUUACGGCGAGGUGCACGUGGACAAACUGUCGAAGCCCGCUUUCACAGCGCCUCCAGCGCUAGUUCGACAGGGAACAGAAACUUUGAGGCGGGAACGACCGCACAGCCAGAUUGUGCCGCCAAAGGACCUGCGCCUGUGUGCGGGCAACGCGGGCGUCGUCAUGCGGAACCAGUAUGCGGCUCCUCCCACGACGCGUCCGCACUCAUUGGCGGGCAGUUCACAACUGCGCGUCACACGACCAACUUCAGUACCUUCACAGCGGCCGGCACCCGCAGUUUCCCAACAGGAGCCGGUUCGGCCUCAGACGGGAAACGAACCGCGUGUCUCCGCCUUACCCAGGCCUUCAAGAUUACCUGCACCUAGACGAGCUUUAAGGCCGCCGUCAGUAUACUCAGUGGCGCCGACAGCAGACAUGGACCACUAUUGACCAACGUGCCAACCAAGGGCCAGUCCCUAACCAUUGUAUUAUUUAUAAUUUAUAUUUAUAUUUUAACUCUUUAAAUCCUAGUAUACCCAUAACAUGACUGAUUACGAAACUCCUGUGUCUUUUCUAACGUGUUUUUUUCUUAGUAGUAUUAAUAGUCACUAAUGCGACGGCACGACGCCAUUUUGUCGCGUAACUAUCGACCAAUGAACGAUGCGAUGCGUUUAAAUUAUUAAUUAUGUCCUUUUCUUUUGUAUAAACUUGUGUAUAGAUAAUAGACGAGUGUGGCGGUCAUAGAUAAUUUGCAAGAUGCGUUCGGAAAUUGGCAGUUUUUUUAUAUUAUUAGCGUUUGAUUAGAUAUGAUAAGAUCCUACUACCCGCAUUGUUUUUCUAAAAUAAAUAUUCCUUUAAUUUUAAUAAAAUAAAUAAUUUUAAUAUUUUUUAACCAAAGUGGGAUCUUAUUCUUUUGUAUACAAUUAAACGGUAAACAUUCAAAAUUUUUCUAGAUAAAAAUUUUGGUAUGUGUGUAUGUUGAGGUAUGGAGUUCACUUUUCAUCGUUUGAAAAGCUAUUGACAUUUCCACCUCUAAAUAAAUUAUUAUUAAAAAUUCGCUCUCUGAUUAAAUAAAUUGACGCUCAAAAUUUUCCAAAAACUCCACCUACACGAUUUGGUACAAAUAUAAAAUAAGAUAUUAUUCCUGUUGUUUACAAAAUUUAGUCGGUAGUACGUUAUAACGGAAACAUAAAACGAGGGUAGUUAUUUAUUUCAUUAAAGACAUUCGCAUUUUUGCUUAGAGAUUAACGUUAGGGACGUGUAAUUACGCUUUAGAUGUAAAUUUAUUAUUAUACAAAUAUUUACUAACUUUUUUUAAUAAAAACCGGAAAAGAAAACAAAAAUACGCACAAACAACAUUGAAAGAACGAAAGAUCUCUCUGUAAGGAUGUAUUUAUUUAUGUAUAGUUAAAUUGUUGUAUAUUAUGUAUAGUCUGUUGCUAUAAACAUACUUUUUUAAUCUGUAUAAUGCCUCUUUUUCGACAUAUCAAUCAUAAAUAACUAUGUAAUCUUCUCAAUCAUAUCCAAAACUGUAUUCUGGCUUAGAACUAUAAUCACACGCAAUAGUACUUUAAAUUUCAAUGUUUAAUAGAAUUUAGACGUUAUUUCAUACAUUACAAUAUUUCAUUUUCUAUAAAACUGUAUGGAUGAUUUGCUUCAUUUAUCUACACAUUGCAGUUAUUUUGCAAAAUUGUUAUUAAUCUUCAAUUCUUCCUUUGACAAAGAUAUCGAUCAUGUAUUAAUUGAUUUGUAAUAAAAUAUUAGCAUAUACAUUGUAUUUGAAGCCAGUAAAAGAGAAAUAAAUAUUAUCAAUUUUA